AUGUCAAAAAUCACCGAUAACGUCAAGCUGAACGAAAUGCUGUCGGAGGCGGAGUCGCGCCACCAGGAGGAGGUGGGCACGCUCACCUCCCGGCUGCGGCAGCUGGAGAGUCGGCCGGCGGCGGCGGCGGCGGCCGUGUGUGCCGACUGUGAAAGGCGCCGCGCCGAGCUGCGGACCGCCUCCAGCCAGCUGCAGCAGGCCGAGGCGGAGCGGCGUCGGCUGUCCGACCGGCUGGCGGAGGCGGACCGAGGCACCGCCGCGCUGCGCCGCACGCUGGCCCAGUACACGCCUCUGCUGGACGCCGAGCACGCACAUCUGGACCGGCUGAACGUGCCGCUGGGCCACCGAAGCGAGCAGCGGCGCGCGGCACAGCUGGCUGCUGAGCUGGCCGGGCACCUGGGAGAGCUGGCCGCCGCCCUCUCCAACUACCACAGCUACUGCGAGCAGCGUCUGCACGCGCUCAGCAAGCACGGCCUCAGCGCCGUACGCGGCAAGCUGUCCACGCUGCUCCUGGCCCACCGUUACUCGCUGUCACCGGUCCCGGCUGCUCUGCAGCGUCUGACUGACGCUAUGGGCGAGCGGACCGUCGCCUGCCCCCAGACCCUGCUCGAGCUCGCGCCGCUGGCCGAGGCAGUGCGCGCCUACCACGCCUUCCUCUGCAAGGUCGUCUCGUACCAGCAGCUGAGCCUGCAGGAGGAGACCGGCCCCGGGGCGAGCGGCCAGCAGUACGUGGAGCGCCUCUCGCGGGUGGCGGCCGUGUUCGGCCGGCUCCACUCGGCGCUGGCUCUGCUCGCCAGGCAGGCAUCCCGCAGCGGGCAGCCCCGCGUGUCCACCAGCGGCCGCGUGCUGGCCCUGCUCGGCCAGAUCUGUGACGACCUUCACACGUCGCUCAGAGAGCUGUCCAAGAGCUGCACCGUGCGCAUGUCGGAGGAGCGGGAUCUGCCGUCCACCACCGCCGCCCUGCGCACCACCGACGAGUGCAUCCUCAGCUCGCUGGUGGCGGCCACGACGGCCGCUGAGAAGAUGCGGUCGGUGUGGGCCGCCCACCUGACCUGGAUGAGCCAGCUCUCCACCGUGACGUUCCGGUCGGGCUCGGCCGACACGGGCGCCAGCGCGGACGUCAGUCGGUUCGCGGCCCGCUGCGCCGCCUACAUCAGGCUCCUGGACGGGGUCAGUGGCUGCCGCAAGAACUCGGCGGACCGGGGCCCGACCGGUGUACGGCCGACAGGCGCCGUGGGCUGGCGUGUGAGCUCGUGA